CGAAAAGGGUUUGACUAGGGUUUUUGGCAGUCCACAAGAUCCCAAAAAUCUGACAGCCACUGCGCUGAUCAACCACACGAACAACAAUGGCCACUUUUGCGACGGAGGCGCUGGCGGCUUCCGGACGUGGUGCCGAGAAGCUGAGCCUUCCGGCUCUUCAGUCGAAGAUGAAGUGUGACCCGGAGGGAUACCUGACCGAACUCGGCCUCCUCUACAGCCAAUUCAACUCCGCUCUGGAGCUCUUCCGGCAACAGGCUGCCAUGAACUUCACCUCUAUCUCCGGUGUUGCUGCUGACCCCACCGUCUCCAAGGACCUUGGCGAUCGCGCCAUGUUCCUUGCCCAUGUCACUCCCUUCUACCCAAAGCAGCUCGCCGAUUUCCAUAAGCAACUCGCUGACUUCCUUAAGUCGUCCGCACCAUCUCUGCCCUCAGGACUCCGUUGCCACGUCACAAAAGCUCUGAUUCUCCUCCUCAAUCGUAAGAUAGUGGAUAUCAAGGAAACUCUUGCCUUGUUCGUGGAGCUGCAGACACUGGGUGAUAGGGUUUUGAGGAAAUUGGCAUUCUCUCAUGUUAUUCAUAGCAUUAGGCGCAUGAAUAAGAAACAUAAGAACGAAGCUGUGAAUAGGGCUCUUCAAAACAUCGUGUUUUCGAUGCUGCAGCAAGAGGACGAGGCGAAAGCAAAGAGAUCACUUACCAUUCUAUGCGAGCUUCACAGGAGGAAGGUGUGGUUUGAUGAUAGAACUGCUAAUGCUAUUUGCACAGCAUGUUUUCAUCCUUCCUCUAGGAUUAUGAUAGCUGCUAUAUCUUUUCUCCUUGAUUACGAAAAGAUCCAAGGUGACGAAGACAGUAAUGAUUCAGGCGGCGAUGACGAUAUGGCUCAUGAGACUUCACAAGUUGUCAUUAAUAAGGAGGCUAUUUACAAGGCACACCAUAAAGGUACAUCUUCUAGCAAGAAAAAAAAGAAAGCGAAGCUGCAGCGUGCUUUUCGUAACAUGAAAAGGCAGCAACGUAUGUCAUCAGAAAAAAUUUCUUCAAAUUAUUAUUCGCCAGUUAACCAUCUAAAGGAUGCUCAGGGAUUUGUUGAGAAGUUAUUCUCUCGCCUUCAAACCUGUAAUGAAUGUUUUGAGGUUAAAAUGAUGAUGUUGAAAGUAAUUGCUCGAACAGUUGGGCUUCACCGAUUGAUUUUACUGAACUUUUAUCCUUUUCUUCAGAAAUAUAUCCAGCCCCAUCAACGUGAUGUCACAAAUUUACUUGCAGCAGCAGUCCAGGCGUGCCAUGAUAUGGUGCUUCCUGAUGCAGUUAAACCAUUACUCAAACAAAUUCUAAAUCAGUUUAUACAUGAUCGCUCACGUCCAGAGGCUAUUGCUAUUGGACUGAAUGUGAUCAGGGAAAUAUGCCUGCGCAUACCUUCGUUGAUGACUGAAGAUCGACUCCGGGACCUUGUAUUAUAUAAGAAGUCACAUGAAAAGGCGGUUUCAGUUGCCGCUCGUUCACUAAUGAUUUUAUUUAGAGAGCUGCAUCCAUCGUUGUUAGUAAAGAAGGACCAGGGGCGCCCGGCAGACCCAAAAGCAAGGCCGAAAGCAUUCGGAGAAGUUAGUGUUCUCAGCAAUGUUCUGGGUGUUGAGUUAUUAGAGCAGAAUGAUGACAAUGAGGAUAAUGAUGGCGAGGAUGGAGAUGACUGUGACAGGUCCAUGUUCAGUCGAUCUGAUGAUGAUCAUGACAAGGAGAGUGAAAGUGAUGUAGAGGAAAGUGACGCUGUUGAUGAAGAUGAGGAAGAAGAUGGCGAAAAUGGUAUUCAUGUCAGUGAUGCUGAGGAAGAUGAGGUGGAAGAAGAGAAGGCGGUUAGUAUUGGUGCUAGCGAAGCAAAAAAUUCUAAAUCACGAAAAAGGAACUUUUCUGAUAUUGAUAUUAAUGCUGCCGAGACAAGUCUUCGUGUCCUUAAGAGAUUGGCCGAAGAAAAAAUGAAGCACACAUCUUCAGAUUCAGCAGAUGGUAUUCUCUCUAAUGAGGACUUCCAAAGGAUCAAGGAGCUUAAGGCGAAGAAGGAUGCACAACUUGCUUUAUCUAGACAAGGUUUGUUACGAAAAGGUCCAGAUGCCAAAUUGGCAGAUUCAAAGAUUCCAAGCUCUGAUGAAUUGAGUGCUAAGCGUGUGGAUCGUGCCAAGCUUGAAGUGCAUGUUCGGAAGAAGCUAAGCAAGGAGGAAAGAUUGGCAUUAGUGAGAGCAGGAAGAGAAGAUAGGGGGAAGUACCAGGCUCGGGCUGCUGUAAAACAGAAGAAGACGGGCGGCUUGAGCAAUCGUCAGAAGGAACACAAAAAGGCCAUGCCUCUUGCUGCAAAGAAAGCAAAAGUUGCAAAAUCUCGACAAGUGAAAAAUAAAAAACAGCUGCGUUCUGGUAAACAGUUCCGGGGUAAGAAGGGAUGGAAAUGAUUCAGGAACUUACGGUACUGCGAGUCAUGUAGUUUUUGGUAGAAAUCUUGGGGCUUGAAACAAUGUAGGUGCCUUUCUUCUCUCUCCCUUUCUGUUUGGGUAGAUUGUAGUAUUGGUAAUGAAGCUUUAUCCUAAUAUACAUUUUGCUUAGAGAUAAAUUAGUUACUGAUACCAUGAUAAAGUCCCACCUUGCAAUGUAUAUAUAUAUAUAUAU